UGUCGGGUUAUUAUACCUUGGAGUAUAUAAAGCUGCGGCUAGAAAAGACAGCGGUUCAGUCAGUGGUUUUAUGCCACGCUAAAACACGCGCGAGCUGUAGAAUGUACUUUAAGAUUAAUAUCGCCCUCUUGGCGUUGGCCGCCCUGGCCCACUGCUCGGAAGAGACCUCGAAGCCUUCUGAGAAAACAUCGCCCGUAGAGGCCAAAGCCGAUUCCUCUUCCGUGGCCUCCGACAAAAAGACCGAAAAACGAGGCCUGAGCCACAGCUACGGUGAUUUUGGGGGCGGUGGUGGUGGGGAUGACCACCACUCGUAUGACCACCAUGAACACGUGAAAACCGUCACCAUCGAGAAGAAGGUACCAGUGCCCUAUGAGGUCACCAAACACGUGCCCUACCUCGUCGAAAAACACGUACCCUAUGAAGUCAAAGUAAAAGUGCCUCAGCCCUAUCUUGUGGAAAAACACGUGCCCUACCCCGUCAAGGUCUUCGUCAAGGUCCCAGUUCACGUACCUCAACCAUACCAAGUCGAGAAAAAAGUGCCCUACGAAGUAAAGGUGCCCGUUGACAAACCGUAUGAGGUGAAGGUCCACGUCCCCCAACCCUAUACUGUGGAGCGGCAUAUUCCAGUUCCAGUCAAAAUACCAGUGCCUCAACCGUACACGGUUGAAAAACACGUCCCCUACCCCGUGAAAGUGAAAGUUCCUGUUCCCCAGCCGUACGAGGUCGAGAAAAAAGUUCCCUAUGAAGUAAAGGUCCCCGUAGACAAACCCUAUCCAGUUCAUGUCCCAAAGCCCUACCCAGUUACUGUUGAAAAGCCCUAUCCAGUUCCAGUUGAAAAACCAGUGCCCUAUGAGGUCAAAGUUCCAGUAGACAAGCCCUACCCUGUCUAUGUAGAAAAACCUUAUCCUGUCCAUGUCAAGGUCCCAGUCCCAAAACCGUACACUGUCCACAAGCCUGUACCCUACGUAGUAGAAAAACAUGUACCCUAUCCGGUUCACGUUCACCAUGAGCACAAGGAACACCAUGAACACCAUGGACAUGGAGGCGGUGACGGAGGCGGUUUCGAGCCCAGCAGUGGCUAUGGUGGCGAAUACUCUCAUCAUGGUUGAAAACCCCUGGAAUCUGAAUACAAUUGUAUGGAGCCUGGGGUUGUGCGAACUUGAAUUGUAUGUUUAGAUCUCUUAAAAUAUAUUUAUAUUUGAAUCUAAGUUAUAUUUAUACAAGUUCACUUUAGUAGAAGCGAUAUUGGAUUAAGGGAAGUAAAUUCAAAGCCUUUUGAGAUCGCACAGCCCCAGUGAUGUUCUAAUGUGCAGUAGCCGGGUGGCCAUCUUAUCCGACACGUAACAUACGGGGAUCUCAUUGGUCGAGAUUAAAACAUAAAUUAUUGGAGCACAAGCCGAGCCAGAAUUUUAAUCGAUCGUAUUUUAGGAUUGACACCGAAUUACAAAAAAUCUAUUCAUUUCACUAUUUUAUGUGUGAGGAAAAGAAUAGAAAUAGCCAUUGGAAUUAAUUCAAACAAUAUAAAAAAUCCAGGGAUACCUAAAACUGAUAUUUUCUUAAUUUACACCUUUUAGAACAUUGGGCCUCAACAAAUGUGUCGUCGUAAGCAACAGUGUUUUAAGACCUCUCCUUUCAAAAAGGAAAGCUAUGUUGUAAAUCUGAAAAGUCACAAAUAUCGUUACGACUUUAUGUAUGUAUUCAACGAUUUCUCUUCACUUGGCUUGAGCGCAAAACUCGAGCCAACUAUCGGUGACAUUAAUCUCGCGCUGCGAUCGGUGAAACUCGCUAGCUUGGCGGAUAUUCGCGUAUUUAAUAGUUAGGAACCAAAUAAUCAGGAUUCACUUUUUAAAAAAUUGUCCUAUCCCGAAAAAAUGUCGCUUUUAUACACAAGGUGAAUAAAUAAAAAA